UUUUUGCAGAAGGUGUUUUGUUUGCUGGUUCACCAUUGUACAUUUGACAUUUAUGCAGUUGAAUGUAUCAAACUUUUCUUUUGUGGCCUGUGGAUGUUUGAGGCAUGGGUAGGGAAGCCUUUCCCACUGGAAGGUUAGUUAUAAAGGAAUUCUGGUUUUCUGCUAGAAGAAAGCCAGCUUGUUCUUGGGAGAGGGAAUGAUAAAAGAAACCCCUGGGCCCAAAAGCCCAGUCUCUUGCUAGGCAGUGAAGUUGAAAUCGCUCACCGGUGUCUUUCCCCAUCAGCCCCGCUGCAGACUGACCUGGGAGGCAGCAGCCUCUGGCCAGGGAGGACACCGCCAUGGCCCUCCUGAUACACCUGCUGGUCUGCGUCUUUGGAAUGGGUUCCUGGGUAGCCAUCAACGGGCUCUGGGUGGAGCUGCCCCUGCUGGUGACGGAGCUGCCCGAGGGCUGGUACCUGCCCUCCUACCUCACAGUGGUCAUCCAGUUGGCCAACAUCGGCCCCCUCCUGGUCACCCUGUUCCAUCACUUCCGGCCCGGCUGCCUUUCCGAGGUGCCCAUCAUCUUCGCCGUGCUGGGAGUGGGCACCCUCGCCUGUGUCCUCCUCGCCUUCCUCUGGAAUGUGACCUCCUGGCUCCUGGGUGGCCUCCACAGCAUUCCCUUUAUAGUCCUCACCUUCUUCCUGUCCCUGGUGGACUGCACCUCUUCGGUCACCUUCCUGCCCUUCAUGAACCGGCUGCCCACACAAUACCUCGUCACCUUCUUUGUGGGUGAAGGGCUCAGCGGCCUCCUGCCCGCCCUGGUGGCUCUCGCCCAGGGCUCGGGUCUCACCACCUGCGUCAACGUCACUGAGGUGCCAGACGUCAUGCCAAGCCCCAGGAGCAGCAGGGAGGCCAACAUCACACAGGCCGUUCCCAGCUCCCUGGCGUCAGCACCCAGGACGGCGACCCCCGCAGUGCGGCUGCAGAGCCGCUACCUCCCGCCGCACUUCUCGCCCCUGGUCUUCUUCCUCCUGCUGUCCUGCAUGAUGGCCAGCUGCUUCGUCGCGUUCUUCCUCCUCCAGCGCCAACGCAGGUGCUGGGACGCCUCCGUGGAGGACCUCAUCAACUCCCAGAUCGCCCUCCCCUCCAUCCGGCCGCGGGAAGAGAAGGACUUGGGCCCCCCGGGCCGCAGCCAGGGCCAGGAGCGCAGAAAGGAGAAGGCGGCCCCCCACCCGCCGGCUCACCUGGCCUUCAUCUACACGCUGGUGGCCCUCGUGAACGCGCUCACCAACGGCGUGCUGCCCUCCGUGCAGACCUACUCCUGCCUGUCCUACGGGCCUGUCGCCUACCACCUGGCCGCCGCCCUCAGCUCCAUGGCCAACCCUCUCGCCUCCUUCCUCUCCAUGUUCCUGCCUAACAGGUCUCUGCCAUUCCUGGGGGGCCUCACAGUGCUCGGGACCAGUUUCGGGGCCUACAACAUGGCCAUGGCUGUGAAGAGCCCCUGCCCCCUGCUGCAGGACCACUGGAGUGGGGACGUGCUCAUUGUGGCCUCGUGGGUGCUGUUCACCGGCUGUCUGAGCUACGUCAAGGUGAUGCUGGGCGUGAUCCUGCGCGACUGCAGCCGCAGCGCCCUCUUGUGGUGCGGGGCGGCGGUGCAGCUGGGCUCGCUGCUCGGGGCGGUGCUCAUGUUCCCGCUGGUCAACGUGCUGCGCCUCUUCGUGUCUGCCGACUUGUGCAACGUGCACUGCCCCGCCUAGGCCAGACCCCGACCGCGCCCCGGCACCCGGUCCUGGAAGCUGGGACCCAGAGAGCCAAGGGGUGUGCCCAAGGGCAUGGAGCAAAUGGUGGGAGCAGGAAGGCAGAGGCUGAGCACUUGAACCAGGAACGCUGAGCACCCCUUAGGGAUCGUGGGGAAUGUCGCAGGCUUCCCAUGGGGCCUGGAAACUCUGUAUCACACUCCCUGAGUCUCCACCGCUUCCAUCUUCUUUCCUUUGACUCUUGAGAGAGAACUGAUUUGCAGCACCCAGCUGGAGCGCCCGAGGAUGUAAGAAGGCAAACAGCUGGGAGGGUGAGCUGUCCCCUGCAAGCUGUGUGGUCUCAGGGAGGUCACUUGACUUCUCUGUGCUUCUGUUUCCUCAUCCAUAAAAUGGGGAUUAUAAGAAAGAGCACCUACCUCAUAGGCUUGGCCCGAGGAUAAAAGGGUGAAGC